AUGCUGCCUGGCAUGAAGAUGGUGAUCAAGCACGGUGCGCGUGCCGGUGAGCGCCUGGUGUCUUGGAAGGGCCCGGGCGACCCCUCGCCUGGGAACUUCUCCUACGGCAGCGACCUGGCCACGUUCCCGCAGAUAUUCCUCUGGGAAGGCACGCGCCCAGUGUACCGUAGCACGCCGUGGACGGGGUACAGGGUGAAGAGCGAGUACCAGUUCCAGACGACCAAGACCAGCUCCAUCAUCAUCUACCUAGCCGUCGUCAACGACGACGACGAGAGCUACACAGUCUACACCAUCUCGGACGGCGCUUGGCUCACCAGGUUCGUGCUGACCUACUCCGGCGAGCUCCAAAUCCAGGGCUGGAACGCCAGCUCGUCAGCCUGGGCCGUCCUCGGGCAAUGGCCGCCUUACCGGUGCGACCACUACGGCUAUUGUGGCCCCAACGGGUACUGUGACGACACGGUACUGCCCGUGCCGACGUGCAGGUGCCUCAACGGCUUUGAGCCGGCAAGAAGAGAGGAGUGGAGCAGCGGGAGGUUCUCGGAAGGCUGCCGUCGGAAGGAGGCGCUGAGUGGGUGCGGUACCGGUGCCGGCGGUGACGGUUUCUUGGCAUUGCCGGGAAUGAAACCACCGGAUGGUUUUGCGCUUGUGUCGAACAGGACGCUGGAGGGGUGCGCGGCAGAGUGCCGCCGCAACUGCUCGUGCGUGGCGUACGCUUACGCCAACUUGACCAGCAGCGCAUCUAGUGCAGACAUGACGAGGUGCUUAGUUUGGGCUGGGGAGUUAGUUGACAUUGGGAAGCUGGGCGCAAGCCCCGCCAGCGACACGCUCUAUCUCCGGCUUGCAGGAUUGGAUCCUCCAGCUGCUGGUAAAAGGACAAAGAGCAAUGCAAUGAGGAUUACACUGACGGCCCUAGGAAGUAGUGUGGUGAUUAUCGUGUGCACUUUCCUUGCAUGGUUGAAAUUCAAAGGUAUAUAUGUUCAAUUUUCAUUUCCAAGGGAAAUAUUUAUGCCUAUACUAAUACUACUACUACGGCUGCUGCUGCUGCUACUACUACUACUUAGUCCUUGUGCCCGGCCCAGCGACUGA